GAGAUGAAUAGCAGCUGAGAGGAUGCCAAAGGCCCUGGCAGUUCCGGUACUGCUGGCAUGGAAGGCUUGGAGCCCGUUGCUCACCUGAGCACCAUCACACCUUUUCUCUCUCUUUCGGGAUUUCUUCCCUAGCAGGAAUUCUUAAGAUUUCUCACGGCAUACUCCACUCCCCGUCGGACACACCCACCUGCAGAAGGCAUGGAGAGUCGCUGCGGCCGUCAAGGCAAGAGGAGGCACAUCGGCACUGAAGGCGCGACAAGAGGGGGCCGCGCUGAGAGUCUGAUGGAAGAAAAACUAUAUCCAGAGGCUGCGGGCAGAGCAGUCAAAACGCAGAGCACUCCUGAGGAUAUCUAACUGGCUUAGGUCCUUGAAGACUAUGAUGGUGUCAAGCUCCUUCUUCUGACUUGCCUCCAGGUCUCAGGAGCAAAGGUACAGUUAACAAGGAUUGUGUCAGUAUGCAUCUGUAGAGAGCAACUGUGCUCCCAGAGAAACGUUUGCGUAAGCAACUGAACUGCACCCUGAUACAAGAGUGAGAAGACUUUCUAUCCACCAUCUGCAGAGCAAGGAUGUCCUAGAAGAGAGAACAGUAGGAAGCAGUGAUAAAAUACAGGAUGGACCUGAUCUAGUGAAAUACCUUUUCAUCACCACGCAAUCCAGCUUAAACUGUACCUUCAGGCUUGACAGCCCUCAUCAUUCAUAAUUUGGGGUAUCUAAUUUGCUGGCCUGGAGUGAUGCAACAUAUUAUUUGUCCACUGUGAGGUGUUAACAUGACAACCAGUAGCCGCACAUGUCCAGUACCGGCCGUGAAUGGACAUAUGACUCACUAUCCAGCAGCACCAUAUCCCUUACUUUUUCCUCCAGUCAUUGGUGGACUGUCACUGCCUUCCCUCCAUGGACUCCGGAGUCACCCACCAACUAGUGGAUGCAGCACCCCAUCACCUGCAACAGUUGAAACUCAGAGCACCAGUUCUGAGGAACUUGUUCCAAGCCCUCCUUCACCACUUCCACCCCCUCGUGUUUACAAGCCCUGUUUCGUUUGUCAAGACAAGUCAUCCGGAUAUCACUAUGGUGUCAGUGCUUGUGAGGGAUGUAAGGGCUUUUUCCGCAGGAGUAUCCAGAAGAACAUGGUUUACACAUGUCACAGAGAUAAAAAUUGUGUUAUCAAUAAAGUUACCAGAAAUCGCUGCCAGUACUGCAGACUACAGAAGUGCUUUGAAGUGGGAAUGUCCAAAGAAUCUGUCAGAAAUGAUAGGAACAAAAAGAAGAAGGAACCUUCAAAGCAGGAGUCCACAGAAAACUACGAAAUGACAGCAGAAUUAGAUGAUCUCACUGAAAAGAUCCGAAAAGCUCACCAGGAAACCUUCCCCUCACUCUGCCAGCUGGGAAAAUACACUACGGAAUCCUGGGUGGAUUGGAAUGGACUCACCAGGUCUUCUCAUGACACCCAGUGUUGGUGGGCUGGCAUCAAAUGUGUCACAGCAGAUUUCGAAUCAGAUGGUUCUUGGCUGACAUGUUCAGCUUUUUUAAGGUUUAAGUGGUUGUUCCAAAUGUAUGAAAAUAACUCCAGCGCAGAUCAUCGGGUUCGACUGGACCUUGGGCUUUGGGACAAAUUCAGUGAACUUGCAACGAAGUGCAUUAUUAAAAUAGUGGAAUUUGCAAAGCGAUUGCCAGGCUUUACAAGUUUGACCAUUGCAGACCAAAUAACUCUACUCAAAGCAGCCUGCCUGGAUAUACUGAUCCUUAGAAUUUGCACAAGAUACACACCCGAACAAGACACCAUGACCUUUUCAGAUGGCCUUACCCUAAACCGAACUCAGAUGCACAACGCCGGAUUUGGCCCGCUGACUGAUCUCGUGUUCACAUUUGCCAACCAGCUCCUGCCUUUGGAAAUGGAUGAUACAGAAACAGGUCUCCUUAGUGCCAUCUGCCUAAUCUGUGGAGAUCGCCAGGACCUUGAAGAACCAAUGAAAGUGGAUAAGCUUCAGGAACCCUUGCUUGAAGCGCUGAAAAUUUAUAUCCGAAAGAGACGACCCAACAAGCCUCAUAUGUUCCCAAAGAUCUUAAUGAAAAUCACGGAUCUUCGUAGCAUCAGUGCAAAAGGUGCAGAACGUGUCAUUACAUUGAAAAUGGAAAUUCCUGGAUCCAUGCCACCUCUUAUUCAGGAAAUGUUGGAGAACUCUGAAGGACAUGAACCACUGACACCAACCUCAAAUGGAAAUACUGCAGAACACAGUCCCAGUAUCUCGCCGAGUUCAGUGGAUAACAGCAGUGUCAGUCAAUCCCCUAUGGUGGAAUAAGACAUUUUCCAGCUACUUCAGACAUUCCUAAUACCUUAUGUACAGGGAUGAAAAGCAAGAAAAACAUUUUUACUGCUGCUUAGUUUCUGGACUUAAUGUAUAUCUAUAUAUGUAUAUAUAUAUAGAUAAACUCAAAAAGGACCAAGAAAUUUUCAUAUGUAUCGAUAUAUACUCCUUGCUGUUUAAACUCUUAAAACUAGAAA